UCCGGUCAAUAGGGCAAAAUAAUAGAGUCGUUAGGGUAGGGAUGCAAUCCGUUUAAAUGCUGUCUUUUGGUGGCGUUAAAGCACGAAAAUAAACCAGUUUCAAAUAGUUUGUGAGAGGGCAGUAGCACUGGCUGCGAAUAACCUGUAACGUCAGAGGUGUGUUUUUGUUUCUUCGGCCACUCCGGAAAACUUAACCGAGCCGUCGUUAUUUUUAUUUUUUAGGGUGACGUGGAGUCGGAUGCCUUCUUCGAGACUGUCUAAUGUGUCAGUAAAAGUACUCAGUGUAACAGGAUAUAACCUUAAUGAAUGCAUAAUAUACUGGGACAUUGCAUUAAGGCUUUCCAAGAUGUUUAGCUGUAAAUCUCUACAUUGAGCUCCAGUAUCGGCUCACAACGGAGCAGAGAGGAGACUGUCGGGGCCUUGAGUCAGAGGAAUCCGGCAGACAGACAGGUUUUGUUGGAUCUGCAGCAUCGGGACUGAAGUGACACAACAGUGAUACUGCAGGGGUUAUGCAGUGUGGAGUAGGACAACUGUCUGGUGGCUGCCAGAAGACAAUGGGACUGCACUGCAUCUUGAUCCUGUGCUUGUUCUCAGGCUGGAUAGUGGGCUACAAGCAGGGGGACAAUGUGACUCUCUAUGUCAACAAAGUGGGUCCUUAUCAUAACCCCCAGGAGACAUAUCACUACUACACCCUGCCUGUUUGCAGGCCAGAGAAGGUACACCAUAAGUCCCUGAGUCUGGGAGAAGUGUUGGAUGGUGACAGGAUGGCAGAGUCGUUAUAUCUCAUCCGAUUCAGAGAAAAUGUGGAGAAAAAAACUCUUUGUCAGCUCACUCUUUCAGAGAAACAGGUGGACCAGCUCCGUGAGGCUAUUGAGGAGCUGUACUACUUUGAAUUUGUCCUGGAUGACAUUCCAAUUUGGGGGUUUGUGGGAUACAUAGAAGAGAGCGGCUUCCUGCCUCACAGCCACAAGGUGGGUUUGUGGACUCAUCUAGACUUCAACAUCGAAUACAACGGCAACUCAGUGAUCUUUGCUAAUGUCUCAGUAAAAGACGUCAAACCUGUUCCCUUGGAGGAGUGGGUGGGUGCAGGAGUGGGUGGAGUUGGUUUGGGUGGAGGAAGCCUGACCGUCACCCACACUUACAGUGUACGGUGGUUUGACUCCCCUCUACCUCAUGCCCGGAGAGCUGAGCGUCUCCGAGACUACUCGUUCUUCCCCAAAACACUGGAGAUCCACUGGUUGUCCAUCAUUAACUCACUGGUGCUGGUGGUGCUGCUACUGGGCUUCGUCAUCAUCAUCCUCAUGCGGGUCCUUAAGAAUGACUUUGCCAGGUACAAUGUGGAGGAGGAGAGUGGAUGUGAUGAUGUGGACCAGGGAGACAAUGGCUGGAAGAUCAUACACACUGAUGUCUUCAGGUUUCCCCCUUACAAAAGCCUGCUGUGUGCUGUUUUGGGAGUGGGGGCUCAGUUCCUUACCCUCGCCACAGGGAUCAUCGUCAUGGCAUUGUUGGGAAUGUUCAAUGUGCAUCGUCAUGGUGCCAUCAACUCAGCAGCUAUCGUCUUGUACGCUCUGACCAGCUGUGUGUCAGGGUACGUCUCUUGCAGCUUCUACACACAGAUCAACGGCCAGCACUGGGUGUGGAACAUCAUUCUCACUUCAUCUCUUUUCUCUGCUCCUCUGUUCCUGACGUGGAGUGUAGUGAACUCAAUCCAUUGGUGGAGUGGUUCCACUCAGGCUCUGCCGGCCACCACAGUUCUCCUCCUGCUGGGUGCUUGGGUGCUGGUGGGCUUCCCCCUCACCGUCAUUGGAGGUAUUGUGGGAAAGAACAGAGCCGGCAGCUUCCAGGCACCCUGUCGCACUCGCAACAUCUCCAGACAGAUCCCUACACAGCCCUGGUACAAACACACAGCUGUGCACAUGGCCAUUGGCGGCUUCCUGCCGUUCAGUGCCAUUUCAGUGGAGCUGUACUACAUUUUUGCCACAGUUUGGGGCAGAGAGCAUUACACCCUCUAUGGCAUCCUGCUGUGUGUCUUCGCAAUCCUCCUCUCAGUGGGCGCCUGCAUCUCUGUGGCCCUCACCUACUUCCUGCUGUCAGGUGAGGACUACCGGUGGUGGUGGCGGAGUGUAUUGAGCACAGGUUCCACAGGCCUCUUCAUCUUUGUCUAUUCCAUUUUCUACUACCGGAACCGGUCUUCUAUGAGUGGCCUGGUUCAGAGCACAGAGUUCUUUGGCUACUCUCUGCUCACAGCGCUUGUCUUCUCGCUGAUGCUGGGCAGUGUGUCAUUCUGGGCCUCAUUGGCAUUUAUUCGCUACAUCUACCGUAGCCUCAAGAUGGACUAGACAUGAAAUGUGCAUACACACACACAGCUCUAAACAAACAUUUCGUCAUAGCACACAUGGACAAUCUUCAUUCUCCUCUCUUGCUCUUUCAGUCAUACACACACACACACCUGCACUGUUAUGGUGUUAAUGGGAGGAGAAACAGAAACAGGGGCCUUUACCUUGAUUUUACAGGAGCUACUGAACUACUGGAGCUUUCAUUGUUGGAAUAAGAAAUGGAUGGGUGGAUAGAUAGAUGGAUGAAAGGCAAGUAGGGGAGGGGGCUAUUUCCAUCAGUAGGGGAUGUGUAAAAUGCACAAUGAGAUCCGAGUGAGUGGAAUUAAUAUUGUAUGAUGCAGUGUGGCAUCAUCUGCUCUGGUUCUUACUUCACGGUCUAUCAAGGCUUAGCAGGAUCUACACAUUCUUUACAGAAAGUUUUGUCAGGCUAUUCAAGUAAAAAUAGCAGAUAUUAUGUUUUGCACUAGUCCUGCUAAGCUCAUGGCCCUGCAGUGCAUAAGGACUGUUGAUACCUUGUAGAUUCAAGAGCUGUUGCAAACCGUGGGUGAUGGGAGCAAUAUUGUCAUUGUUAUGUUAUUGGUCCCCAUUGACUGUGAUUUUGGUUCUACUGUAAAUAUUGUCUUUUCAAUAAAGUGCUUUUUAAUACAAUGA